UUCAAAUUCGACAAUGUUUAUGGAAUCAUGCUUCCUAAAAAACGCGGAUUGAUCCCACAUAUUUUGAGCCUUACUGGCCACCGUUAUUUGACGUAUGGAUGCUUGCGUUAGUCGAAAACAUGGCUGUCGGCAAUAUUUUGGAAGAUGAAGAGGAGAAUAUUUUGUAUGAUUUACUUAUAAAUACCGAGUGGCCGCCCGAGACAGACACACAGUUGAGGGGAUAUAAGGAGCAUGACUCGUCCUUGAUCGCCAAAGCAGUGACAGGUCCCUUCAGGUUCAUCCUUCACUACUUAUGGUACAGCCCCUCUAGUUCUUCACUGCCCCCAGGACUUGUGCGUCUGGCCACCAAACAGAUCAACUGGCAGCUGGUGUUGGCAAGUAAUGGGAAGCUGUUGGCGGUGGUUCAAGACCAGUGUGUGGAAAUCCGGUCUGCUAGGGAUGAUUUUGCCUCAGUCAUUGGGAAAUGCCAAGGACCCCCCAACCCUCAGUGGCGGCGGGUGGCGUGGAGCCACGACUGCGCCCUCCUGGCGUACGCCGACAGCACUGGCACCGUCCACGUCUUCGACCUGCAUUGGCAGCGAACUCUUCGUCAAUCCCACCGGGCGGUGAGUUUCCCGGGGGACUUCAGUUACGCUGCGGCCGGUCUUGUGUUUCUGGAGUACACAGCCAGUGCCCAGUGGUCUGCAGAGCUGCUGGUCAUAACCUACAGCGGUCAGCUCAAGAGCUACCUGGUCAGAUACGACCCCCGGCCUUCAAGUGUUGGCACCAAUCAGGCCUUCCAAGAAAGCCACACCUUCAGUUUCUCUGCCCACUACACCAAUGGCAUCACCACGGCCAUCUACCACCCAGGCCACAGGCUCCUGUUGGUGGGCGGCUGUGAGUCGAGCGACGACGGCAUCUCCCGGGCCACCCGCUGUGGCCUGAGCGCCUGGAGACUGUUGUCAGGGCAACCGCACUACAAACAGGUCACCAGCUACGAAGACGACGUGGGAUCGGCUCAAAGGAGAGGUUUCUUCAGAAUUCCCAGCUUUAGGCUUUUCUCUCGACAAAGCAAUGAGAUGGAUGGAGUGUUCAGGAUGAGUCUGUCUCCAGACGGGGCUCUGCUGGCCGUGGUGCACUUCUCAGGCAGACUCAGUCUCUGGGACGUCCCCUCUUUCAAACACAGAGCCAGCUGGGAACAAAACCAACAGCCAGGAUUUGAUGAAAUCAACCCAGAGUGGAAGACCUCUCUGGAAAAGAGGAAAAAGAUAAAAGAUAAGGAGCAGUACAGUUCUCUGAUGGACGUGAGCUGGUGGAGCGCCGCCGCCCUCAUUCUGGCCCGGUGUUCCGGUUCCCUCACCGUCUCCUCCUGUAGAACCCUCCGGAACCUACUGGGGAAGUCCUGCGAGUGGUUUGAGCCAUCGCCCAGGGUUACGUCUGCUCAUGACGGAGGAUUCCUCAGUCUGGAGUGUGAGGUGAAGUUGGCGCCCAAACGUGCCCGUGUGGAGGCCAGCAGCCCCGGGAUCGAGGAGGACUAUGUCGGCGGCGAGGACGACUCGGACUCGGACGAGGAGUGUUCUGCGCGGGCACGCUACUUCGGCUACGUCAAGCAGGGCCUCUACUACGUGACGGAGAUGGAGCGCUUCGCGCCGCCACGGAAACGCCCGCGCGCCGUCCUCAAGAACUACCGGCUGCUCAGCCUCCGCUCCACCACCCCCGAGGAACUCUACCAGAGGAAGAUUGAUAAUGAGGAGUAUGGUGAGGCCCUGUCCCUGGCUCAUGCCUACAGUCUGGACUCUGAUCUGGUCUACCAGAGGCAGUGGAGGAAGUCCACCGUCAGCAUCGCCUCCAUCCAGGACUAUUUGAGUAAGAUAAAGAAGCGAUCGUGGGUGCUGCAUGAGUGUGUGGAGCGGGUGCCGGAGAAUGUGGACGCUGCCAAGGAGCUGCUGCAGUACGGACUUAAGGGCACUGACCUCGAGGCCCUCAUCGCCAUCGGCAACGGAGAAGACGGUGGCAGGUUCAUCCUUCCAGGUGACGUUGAUGUAGAUGACACUCCGUAUGAAGACUUUCUUUCUGCUGAGGAGGAGAUGGACAGAAGAAAGGAGAAAGAGCAGAAGAAGAGACAAGAGCUGCUCAAGAAAGUGGAUUUCAGCAGGUUGACUCUGGAACAGAAGGAACUAUGCCGAAGUCGUCUGAAGCUUCUCUGCUACCUGGACAGGCUGGCCACCUAUGAGGAUAUAUUGGGUGGCCCUCACACCGCGGAGGAGAGAUAUGAUGCUGAAUUCUUUAAGACUUUCCGCAGUCAGAAUAUUGUCCAGUCAGCAAGAAACUAUGCCAGGGAGAGCAACGUCGAGGCCCUGCGCAUCCUCUUCACCUACCACGGCUCAGAGCUGCUGCAGCAUCGCCUGGCCAUCCUCCGCAAUUUCCCAGAAACCACCUCUCCACAUGAGUACACCAUCCUGCUCCCCGAGGCCUGUGUUGAUGAGGAGGGCACUCUGGUGUGCAUUGCAUGGGAUGAGCGGAAACACAGGGACACAGACUGGUGUGAGGAGAGUGACUGCAGAUCGGUGGUGGAGACCAACCUUCCUGAUGAGGAUGACUUCCUGUAUGAGGAGGCAGACCUUGAGAGGUUCCGCACAGCGAUUCCACCAAUCACACUCCUCACUGACUGGUACCUCACUCGGGCUCAAGAUAUUGAAAAUAACUCCAGACAGGUGGACUGUGCACUGUUUUUGGUGCGUUUGGGGAAGGAGCGGGAGAUCCCGGGGCUGGAGCGCCUGUGUGAUGACCUGGUUACCCUGGAGACACUGGUGUACGAGACAUCAUGUGACCUGAGCCUCAGCCUACGGGAGCUGCUCAAGCUGCGGGACAUUGACAAGCUCCGCCUCCUCAUGAAAAAUUCCUCGGAGCAGCAGUAUGUGAGGAACUGUUUCCAGUGGAUGGUUCCCUUCCUGCAGCGGCUCAGAGGGUCCAGCCGCCGCGCCCUCUUGGGGGAGUAUCUGGUGUCGCUCGCCACGGAGGACCUCACACACGGCCCCCUCAAGAUCUUCCAGCAGUCCAAACCUGAUUGUAACCAGAAGAUCAUCUCGGACCCUGACCAGCUGAUGCAAGUGGCGCUGGACUGCAUCUACAGCUGUGAGAGAGAUGACCAGUUGCCUCUGUGCUACGACAUCCUGGAGUGCCUUCCUCAAAGAGGAUACGGGCCAGAGACCAGUGUUACGAAAAACCUACACGACCGAGUGGACCUGCUGGAGAAACACCUCAGUGUGGCAGAGGUGCUGGAGAAGCAUGGUCUGAGGAAGCCUAUCUCCUUCGUACGGAAAAGCCAGAGCAGCGCGGAGGAGGCCCAUGAACUCAUGGUCAAACUCACCAGACACGUGGGCCGGAGGGCCACACCAGUGAGUGAGAAUGAGUGGAAGAACCUGCUUCAGGACCUCUUGGAGAUGCAGCAGAACGUUUACACAUGUUUGAAGCCGGAGAGCUGUCAAGAGGUCUUCACGGAGAGCUUGUUAUGUUCGGGCCGUCAGGAGACGGUCUCUCUGGCGGGCCAGAUGAUGCACUGCAGCGCGCUGGCCGAGGACACGCCGGUCAGCGUGUCGCUGCGGUUACGGGCGGCAGGCCGCGUGGCGUACGGACGGAGCGUGGAGCUGGUGCUCGCCGCCGCCCGCGAGUACUUCAACUCCUCCGCCACGCUCCGCGACCCAUGCAUGAACUUGGCACGGUCGUGUCUCUUGUUGAUCACUGACUGCCCAUCUGUGGUGGCUGAAGAGCUAGACCUCAUCAGUGCUCUUUCUCGAUUGGAGGACUUCAACGUCAAAGUCCUCCCCCUGCAAGUCCGUCUGCGUGAGGAUCGUCUGUCCCUGAUAAGGGAGUGUGUGUCCCAGUGCCCCUCAGCCCAUCGCCAAGCCACCACUCUGCUGGAGCUGGCUAGACUGCUGCGGGUGGCAGGUGAUGACGAGGCGACCCGUAAGGGCCAGGUCCUCACACUAUUGGCUGAUCAGGCUCUCCAGUGUCAGGACUUCAAAGCCUCCUACAGCCACUGUCAGGAACUCAUGACCACAGGCUACAGCGGUGGCUGGGACGUGUGUGCGCGUCUGGGGGAGUGUGAGGGGUACACUGACCUGCCGGCGCGUCAGAAGCUGAUGGCCUUCUCUCUGACCCACUGCCCCGUGGCCAGCAUCCAGGACCUCCUAGCCACCUCCAGCACCCUGGAGACACAGGUGCUGUAUCAGGCUGUGAACUACCAGAAAGACCCGACCCAGUCCGAGGAAAGUUCUGAUGGGACACCAGAGGAAGAGGACUCCGAACAGUCUGCAGACCUGCUCCACAGAACCACGGCCCGGACCAUGCAGGUUCUGACCCAGACUGGGGAGACCACCAGAGCCGUGCUGUCAGCGGUCACCGACAAGCAGUGGUGGAGGGACUCGCUCAACUACCUACGGCCCCUGCAGGGUCAUGGGAUGUCGACAGGAGACGCAUCAGCCAAUCACAAUGCAGAUCUGGAGAGGCAGGCCUGCCACCCCUUCUAUGAGUCUCUCUUCGAGAACCCUUAUGUCCAUCCGAGUGAAGAUGUGUACAGCAGCUAUGACUACACUCCCUGUGAGGACUUUGCGGAGGUGCUUCUGAGGACUGGGAAACUGGCUGAGACCCGCAGCGAAGGACAAAACCUCUUCCCUGCCACAGAGGUUCUCCUCCAGCUGGCGUCUGAUGCUUUUCCUCGGGACAUGACACUCGCCCUGGCCUACUUAUUGGCUCUGCCUCAGGUGCUGGAUGCUAACAGCUGUUUUGAGAAGCAGCCUGCGAGCGCCCUGUCUCUGCAGCUGGCGUCCUACUACUACUCCCUGCAGAUCUACUCACGUCUGGCCAGCUGCUUCACCAACGCCAAGCACCCCCUCUACAGGGUGAGGAACACCUCUCUAAACUGGCAUGGUGAUGACGAGGCGACCCGUAAGGGCCAGGUCCUCACACUAUUGGCUGAUCAGGCUCUCCAGUGUCAGGACUUCAAAGCCUCCUACAGCCACUGUCAGGAACUCAUGACCACAGGCUACAGCGGUGGCUGGGACGUGUGUGCGCGUCUGGGGGAGUGUGAGGGGUACACUGACCUGCCGGCGCGUCAGAAGCUGAUGGCCUUCUCUCUGACCCACUGCCCCGUGGCCAGCAUCCAGGACCUCCUAGCCGCCUCCAGCACCCUGGAGACACAGGUGCUGUAUCAGGCUGUGAACUACCAGAAAGACCCGACCCAGUCCGAGGAAAGUUCUGAUGGGACACCAGAGGAAGAGGACUCCGAACAGUCUGCAGACCUGCUUCACAGAACCACGGCCCGGACCAUGCAGGUUCUUACCCAGACUGGGGAGACCACCAGAGCCGUGCUGUCAGUGGUCACCGACAAGCAGUGGUGGAGGGACUCGCUCAACUACCUACGGCCCCUGCAGGGUCAUGGGAUGUCGACAGGAGACGCAUCAGCCAAUCACAAUGCAGAUCUGGAGAGGCAGGCCUGCCACCCCUUCUAUGAGUCUCUCUUCGAGAACCCUUAUGUCCAUCCGAGUGAAGAUGUGUACAGCAGCUAUGACUACACUCCCUGUGAGGACUUUGCGGAGGUGCUUCUGAGGACUGGGAAACUGGCUGAGACCCGCAGCGAAGGACAAAACCUCUUCCCUGCCACAGAGGUUCUCCUCCAGCUGGCGUCUGAUGCUUUUCCUCGGGACAUGACACUCGCCCUGGCCUACUUAUUGGCUCUGCCUCAGGUGCUGGAUGCUAACAGCUGUUUUGAGAAGCAGCCUGCGAGCGCCCUGUCUCUGCAGCUGGCGUCCUACUACUACUCCCUGCAGAUCUACUCACGUCUGGCCAGCUGCUUCACCAACGCCAAGCACCCCCUCUACAGGGUGGACCCCAAGGAGCUGAUCCGUCUGGUGACACGUCACGUUGGCGAGAAGCAGGGCGACAAUGCCGAUUGGCCAGCGGAGGUGGACGCUUUGAUUGGCCAGCUGCGGGCGUACUCGGAGCGUCUGGCGGACUUCACGCAGGCCCAGGUGCUACAGGGCCUCGGCCGCGGAGUGGACACCCAGCGCUUCAGCUCGGACGCCCAGUACAAGAAGGAGACCAUCCUGGGCCUCGCCGAAACACUGGAUGAGAGUGUGUACCACAUCUCCAUCUCAUUGGCGCAGCGUUACAGUGUUCCUCUGUGGGAGGUAUACAUGACACACCUAGAGUUCCUGUUUACUGACAGUGGGACCCUCUUCAUUCCCGCCCUGGCAGGCUUGGACUACCGCAAGCUAACGGACGAGUCCUCGGACCCGCUGUGUGCCUUGGGGCCCGUGCUGACCAGCCAGAACGUUCUGUCCAUCUCCAAGCUGCUGGGACGCCUCCCGCUGAGGUCCGCCGCCCCGUCAUCGUCCACCCUGGCGUCCGGCGGGGGGGGCGGUGGCGGCGGGGGCCUCGGUCCGAGCGCGGUGCACGGCGCCUGGCUGCGGAAGCUCUUCUGGCACGGUGACGUCCAGCUGCUCAGGAAGCCGCCGCAGACGGACGGCGAGUUCCUGCACGCCUACGACACGUGCGCCAAGUACCUGGACCGGCUGGUGCCCGCCGACGCCGUCGCCUUCCUGGACUUCAUCACCUUCUCUGCCCAGGCAGCCAAUCAGCUCUCUGUGGAGACCCGCUGUGAGAUUAGCAGGCGCGCCCUCAAGUCCCUGCAGACUGCCGCUGAGAAGAACAGGAAGAAGGGCGGAGACGAGGAGAGGGCCCCCGCCUCCUUUGAGCCCGCCCUCUCCCACCUCAGCCAAUCAGUGGCACACCUGGAGACGCUCACCCUGGACUUCCCCCUGUCACUCAAAAACAGCGAUGAGGAGCUUGUGCGGAGCUACAGCCGCCUGUACGACCUCUCGCGCUCUGAAGGUCCGAAGGUCCACCAGCUGGCCGUCACCAUGGCGAUGGACGGCCAGCCUCUAGGGCGCAUCGAGCAGCUGCUCCAGGUCGCCGUGGGAACCUCUGAGCUGUCCGUCAAGGGUGUGAUGAGAGAUGCCGUGGAGCGGAUCAUAUUGGCAUUCAGUGGAGAUGAAGAGGUACUUAAAGACUACCCAGACCCACUGAAGGUUCUAGAAGGUAUUGUCGCCGCUGUGCACGUCCAUGUUGAGAAUGGUGGAGGCUUGGUGAGUUCGGACGAUGUGUUGGCAUGGUUACGGCCAUUCUGUGGGGAUGACAGCCGCCCAGUGCGUCCACGGAUCGAGGUUCUGAAGGUUCUGGAACAUUCCUUCAGUCUGAGCGAAGAGGACAUCAGGUUGCUGGUGUUCUUCAGGAGCCAAGCUGUGCUCAAGGCCGGCUGGCCAGACAGAGAGCUGGAGAUAAAGGAUAUAGUGGAUGAACAGACACGUCUCUCUCUCUUCCUGGAUCUUCUCUCCUCCAGUAGCCAGUGGGCGGAGUUCCAGCACCUCAUGCUCCUCCUCCAGGCGUGGCCUCCCGUAACCGGGGACAACAUGACGGACCCUGAGCGUAAUCCUUGGGUCAGUCUGACCUCUAGUCUCCUCACCCACUCUUCACCUGGGUCAAAGGUCAUCAACCUCGGAGACGAGGUGUUGGCCAUGUGCCGCAGCCUCUACCCCACCAAACACACCCUCCCCCCUCAGUGUGUAAGCCGUGUCUCCACACUGCUCCUGGAUCAGGCCUUGUUGCUGCCCGCCCUGAAGCUGAUGGCAGAGAGUGGAGACGAGCAGCUGCUCUCACUGGUUCUGGAUCAGCUCAAAGCCGUCUCUCAGGUGGACGACUCUAAAUGUGACUCUGAGCUGCUGUCUCUGUUGUUGACUGCUGGCUUGCUGAUUGGCUGUGUGGAGACGGCCUACUACCCUCGCCUGGUGUCCCACCUGCUGACCAACCACCAGGAGGGGGGCUGGGACGUGGAGGCGUCCGCCCGAGAGCUCUCCCAGGCCGGCCACAGCGCUCAGGCCGGCUCCCUGCUUCUGGCCUACCGUGGGACUCACCCAGGACAGCUCACCUUCAGCUCUGCACUCUCCGUCAUCCGCCAGUGGCUUUGAGAGAAGGAAGAGGGUGUGUUGUGUGUGUGGGUGGGUGUGUGUCUUACACUCAACACAAAGCCUGCAUGGAAGCUUGGCCUUUUGGAAAGCACUCUAACACACUAACCCAGUUUAGAUGAAGAUGUCUCUGCAGAGCAAAUACAUAGCGGCAGUUUUGUGGAGAAAGGAGGGGAGGGGGGUGGAACUGUGUGUGUGUGUGUGUGUGUGUGUGUGUGUUUGUUUGUUUGUUGUGUGUGUGUGUGUGUGUUUGUUUUGUGUGUGUUUGUGUGUGUUUGUGUGUUUGUGUUUGUGUGUGUGUGUGUGUGUGUGUGUGGAGAGAAAGGAGGGGAGGGGGGUGGAACUGUGGAAGCUUCAUACACACACAUAUGCAGUUUGACUAAGCUGGCUAGGUGUGUGUAAACCUGCAUUCCUGUGUGUGUUUGUGUGUGUGUGUGUAAAAUUGAGAUACAGCCAUAGUGAGAAAGAAAGGGAAAUACUGACUGAAAGAAAUAUUAAACCUCAAGUGUCAAGACCACAAACCACUUCAAUCUAUCAUUCAUUUAAUACAUAAAUAAUCAUGUCCUUAGUAUGUUUUUAUUUCUAUUGUUUGUUGUCUUUCUUGUAUACUUGUGAGACAAACAGGAUCUAGUUCAAAUGAACAAAAGUCUCUGGCAUGUUUGACAUGAUUGUGGGUUUAACUAAAGAUAACUCUUUUUGUCAUUAAUCAAGAUAGGAGGUUUGGCCAUAUUUGUUUACUUUACUUUAUUGUUGACAUUGUUGACUUUAUCAUAUGUUUGAGUAUCUGCCUCAGUAUUCAGCCUUUCUGUGGGAUUAGUAGUUCCUAUGUAGACGGUUUGUCUUGGUUUGAAUAAAGUUUGGAAUAAAGUUGGUGGAAUAACCCAA